GUGCGGUGUGCUGGCAGACGCUGGCGAGAUCUGUUUGAAGAUGGUGAGCCAGGUAUCUUCAAGCUUGAGGAUUCAACAGCCACGUCAGUCAACAAAUCCACAGAUGUGAAUGACCCUGAUCCCGAGCUCGAGGCAGCCGAUAAAGUAUUCGGCCGCAUGACAGGCAUGCUCUUUGGGAAUUCCAGCGGAUUGAAAACAUUCUGGUCUUUGACUUCAGGAGCUGAGUCUGCUGUGGAGCCUGCCCAGGCGGCAACAACUGUGGCUGUGCCAACCACCCGCACUCUUCAGCAGGCAGAUGUGCCUCAGCCAACGGAUGCCGCUUCAGACGCUGGAGAUUUGUGGGCAUCACACUUCCUGACCUUUCGCAAUGGCGCAUCCCCCAAGAGAGCUGCCAAAGCUGGAGCAAAGGCGGUGCCAAAGCAAAAAGCGGUGCCAAAGCAGGUGCCGCUUCCACCCCAGCCAAGGCAAACACCCCAUCAAAAGCGGGGACGUGAUGGAGGUGGCAACACAAGUGCUCCACCUGCCAAAGAGGCUAGGAAGUCAUCCUUGAUUAGCAUGAAUCCGAUUGAUCAGGGCAUUGGCGGUUCGUCCCACCAAGAUGAACCAAAGACACCAGCUCCCAAGGCUGGUCCAAUCAAAAGGAAAGCAGAUGACCAAGCUGAGAAGGACACCAUAGCUGACGCUGAUUCUCAGUGGUAUGAGACCUAUCAGAAGAAGAUUGAAGGUGUGUUCAACCUGGAGCUCAAAUAUGAGAACCCAGUCGAGGAAGCAGAGAUCGAACACGCCAAGACGACCCCGACAAGCGCCGCCAAGAGUUCCGCAAAGCUACUGAACGAGGCUGUGACUGAAUUGGAGAGUAUCAUCAAGGAGGGCAACUUGCUUGUCAAAGCUGUUUCGGGACCUACGUUCUCUGGCGAUGAAGCUCUCCGCAUGAUUGGUGUGCUAGUGGCUUUGGACCCAAGCCUGGACACCAUGGUUCCGUUGUAUAGCUUUGUGACUACCAUGGCAGAGAAGCUGUUGAUCGAUGGGGUUGUGGAACAGUUCAUGACCAUCAAGACUGUACUUAGAGCAAGCUCUUUGUCUCCAGCAGUGGUAAAGGCAAGUGUCAAGCUUGUCAGAGACUCUGCUGCCUCUACGGAAGCUUCGGUGUUGGCGUCAUUUGAAGGGUUGCCUCAAGGCAAACGCAUCCUGGAGAUUGCGGAUGAGUAUGUGAUCGAAAGGGAGAAAACACAUGCCCAUUUGUCAAAGAUUGAGGAUGCACAGAAAGGGGUUCAGUCUUUGGUAUUGAAUAUCAAGGACAACUAUGCUCGCGGUGAAAUUGGGCAGGUGUCGGAAUUGAUUGAGACACUAGAUAGCAUCCAAAAAAACACCCUAGAUGAGGAAUCAGCCAAACGUGUGGAGUCGACGCGAAAGCUAUUGUUGAACGUUGUCAUUGACGACAAGAUCAUUGAUGCUCAUUUGGUUGCAGAGUUCCAGCCUUGGCUUGUUUCAGCUCAAGCAUCACUGACUGGAGCAAGCACUCUUCCAGGCUUCCCUGUGUCCCACAUUCAAAAGCUCCCUAGCACUCUCACUGCCAAGCUUGGUGAGUUGUCAAACUUUGCUGGGAAGAUUUCGGAGAUGUUUGAGCUUACUCAAAGCUUCAAGCAGGGCUCAGUGAAGGCAGCGCAUGUUUGUGUGCAUCUGGGAAAAAUGGCAGUCGGCUUGCAAGAAGUUCUGUGA